GCCGGGGCGGGCGCGCUGGAGCCCCGGCCGGGUCCCGAGAGGGCGGGCCGUCCCCCCACCCACAGGCCUCCGCGCCGCCCCUGCUGCCAAAACGCGCACCGCCAGCGCCCUCUCCAGAAAGCGCGGAGGGGCGUCUGGGGAGAACCCCGCUGUAGCCCACGCGACAAGCCCAGUCCCCCUUUCCCCGCACCCUCCCUCCGAGCCCUGAAACUCGUGCUGUCUCGGGCCUGCGGCGAACAUGGGCGUUCUCAGGGUCGGACUGUGCCCCGGCCUCACCCAGGAGAUGGUCCAGCUUCUGAAGAGCCGCGGAAUUAAGACAGUGGUGGACCUGGUUUCUGCAGACCUGGAGGAGGUAGCCCAGAGAUGUGGCUUGUCUUAUAAGGCCCUGGUUGCCUUGAGGCGGGUGCUGCUGGCUCAGUUCUCGGCUUUCCCCUUCAAUGGUGCUGAUCUCUAUGAGGAACUGAAGACCUCCACUGCCAUCCUCUCCACCGGCAUUGGAAGCCUGGACAAACUGCUUGAUGCUGGUGUCUAUACUGGAGAAGUGACUGAAAUUGUAGGAGGUCCAGGUAGCGGCAAAACCCAGAUUUGUCUGUAUGUGGCUGCAAAUGUGGCCCACAGCCUACAGCAGAACAUCCUGUACAUUGAUUCCAGCGGAGGGCUGACAGCCUCCCGCCUCCUCCAGCUGUUUCAGGCCAGAACCCAGGAUGAGGAGGAACAGGCAGGAGCUCUCCAGAGGAUCCAGGUGGUGCAUGCAUUUGACAUCUUCCAGAUGCUGAAUGCACUGCAGGACCUCAGAGGCACACUGGCCCAGCAGGUGACAGGUUCUUCAGGGACAGUGAAGGUGGUGGUGGUGGACUCGGUCGCUGCGGUGGUCUCCCCACUUCUGGGGGGUCAGCAGAGGGAAGGCCUGGCCUUGAUGAUGCAUCUGGCCCGAGAGCUGAAGACCCUGGCCCGGGACCUGGGCGUGGCCGUGGUGGUGACCAACCACAUGACCCGAGACAGGGAUAGUGGGAGGCUCAAACCUGCCCUUGGACGCUCCUGGAGCUUCGUGCCCAGCACUCGGAUUCUCCUGGGUGUUGGUGAGGGAGAAGGAACAUCCGGCAGCCAGCGCAUGGCGUGCCUGACCAAAUCUCCCCGUCAGCCAACAGGAAUCCAGGAGAUGAUAGACAUUGGGAUUUGGGGAACUCCGGAGCAAAGCCCACGGUUAGAGGGUGAUCAGCUAUGACUGGUACUGUUGAAUGGGAAAGGGGGAGGCACCAAGGCCUCCCAGCUUCCCUGCCCAGUAAUGCCUGCUGCUCAUUGCCACCCAGCACUUGUAUUGAAGUUGAAGCUCUAAGGCUGGGCAGAAGAUUCCAGGACAUCCUCAAUGAGAGGGGAAGAGACAUUGCAGUAUCCUCAGCUUUACUUCCUGUGGGAGCAUAUAGAGUCACAGGCAAGAGAGGAUGCUACAGCAGAAGGACCUAGAAAUUCAUGCUGGUGCCAAGUUUUUUUUCUCUUGUUUCUAUUAUGGAUGUUUCCAGUGGGAUCUAGAGUACCUUGGAGUGGGGCAUUUGUAAAGAGGCACGCUAGCAACUGGUUGGGUGACCCUGAGCGUCGCUCUCUUGUCUUGUCUCUCCAUCCUAGGACAGUGAUUGAGCCAUGAAGCCUCUGACUUGUCUUUGCUUCUAUUUUAUUUUUUGCCUCCUUUUUAAUUUUUUUUUCGUCUGAAGAGGAGACUCCCUUUCUCUUGGCUCUCUCCCUGAGUUACUAGGUGGAAAUUACCCUAUAAAUGCAAAACUCUUCCACAUCAGUGUCCUCUUAAAAACAUAAAAAGGAAAUUCCUUGAGCCCCAGAGCUACCUAAUUUCCCCCAGAUGGUUGUUUUCCAUUUUCCCAGUGAGGCCCCAAAGAAGGGUCAUUCCUCCUUUCCUCUUGUGUUUUUGGUUCACACACCUGCAGGCACCUCCGUGAUUAGGUGAGAACCUCAGCUCGCUGCAGUCCCAGGGAUAUAAUUUAACAGGAAAGGAGGAUGUGACCUGCUCCUAGUGAAUCCAGCCACUAGCUUAAUAUGCAUGGUGCCCUGCAGGUAGAGUAACCAGAGGUGCUGAACCAUGGCCUUGCCCAUAAACAGACAGAGGAGAAUUUGCACAGUAAAUAGAGCCAGCUGGGAAAAUUGAUGCUGGCGUAAAUAAUACAUAGCCAAUCUAGUCCUUUAUGCAGAAAAUCAUUGUCAGUAGCUCCGAGAUGCAAUAUAAUUACACCUCUCUUCCUGCCAGCUGUCCUAUAGCUUAGUGCCCAACUGUAUGAAAUAACCCCCCUGUCUAUUACCAGCACUGUGGUUCUCCGUCUGAGAGCUGUAACCCUGGCUGGAAGUGGAGGAUGACACCAGGGGAGGGAAAAUAAAAGGCAAAGUGGAGAAAUUGUUGGGAUUAUUUACUGACCACAUUUUUUUUUUAAAAAAAAGGAAAGUCUUUCUUGGUUAGAAAGCCUGUUGUGUAAUUCAUUAGUUGUGUCUUGGCUGCAGGAAAAGGGGACAGAGUUACAGGCAGAAGAUAUGACAUUUAGAGAUGGUGAACGCAGCAGGGAUAGAAGCAAGAAGCAUAGAGGAUUGGGAAUGAGUGGUGACCUGGUCUCAGGGUAUCUGAGUGAGGACAGGACUGGUGGAGUCCAAGACUGGAGGAACCUGCUGCUGUUGCUUUUACAGAAGCCCCCAGGAGAAAUUAAUCUUUAGUAAUUUUAUUCUAACUCUAGGGAUUUUAUUCCAGAUGGAUGGGUGGUUGACACAUUCCUGCAACCAUAGUAGGAAGCUAAUAGAUUAAGCAAGGAAUGGCAAAUCCCUUCCACUUGUGGUACCAUUUGGGCCCCCUGGGUCCAUGGCACAUAUCACCAUCUACCACAGCAUUCUUUUCGUGGAGCUCAGAGCCUUUUGCAGCCUCUGUUUUUCUCUAUAUAGUACUCCAGUCAGUUGGAGAUGGCAUUCAAAGUGGAGCCUGGUUGCCUUCUCUGCCCUGGGCAGGUCAGCCAUGUUUCUUGCAUGUGGGAGCAUAGGUGUUCUAUACCUGACUUAGAACCCUAGAAUAUCACAAUUCAAAAGGCCCGUGAAGAUCAUCUGGCCCAUCUGAAAUAGAGGUGGAAACUGAGGUUCAUAGAUGGGAAGUGACAGGCCCAGUGGCCUGGAACUCAGGAAUCCCAACUCCUAGGCCAAGACUCUUUCUGACUUUAAUUUGCCAAUCAGCACAGUUUUACUCUUGCUGGGGGCCUUACUCCAGCUGACAGUGUCACAGCCCUCAUCCAGGUGGCCACUCUGACCAUGGGCAGGUGUUCCAGUCACGACUGCUCCAGCCUACAUGACAUUCCUGCAGAACCGUGGCCCUUAACAUUCGCUUCCUCCUUUGGGCCUCACUCUUGGAUCAGGGCUGUAUCUCACCCCAUGUGCUGCCCCUGCACACUCCUUCCUGAGCAUGGUGCACUGUGCAGUUCCACUGAUAGGCCUUGGAUCAGGCUGGCUCCCCUGUCCAUGUGCCUGUUGCUCCCUUUGCUGUUGUAUCUGCCUCUGCACAUAUCUGGUGCACCCAUAUCCUGACAUCCUCCCCUUUUUAUGCCUCAAGUACAAGCUAGACAGAUGUUUAUAAUAACCCCCCUGUAACACUCACCUGUACUGUCUGUCUGCCCGUGAGCCUGAGAACACUUUAAAGACUCUCAAGUAAACUUUUCUCUGGCCCUUUCCAUACUAUGGGAGCUCAGUAAAUGUUAAAUAUAAGAACAAGUGGGCCUUAGCAUUUUAAAGAUGGCAAUGGAGAAAUGAAAGAAUAUUUUUCCCUUGAUCUAGAUAGUCAUUGAUCCCCUAGGUCUCUUUGUACCAUAUUUUUUCUGCAGAGGACUAUUGUAUGUCCUUCAUUUGACUUUAGACAAAAUUAAUGUUGAGUCCAUACUAUGUGCUAGCACUUGAUGCUCCAAGUGACCUUAAGACAGGUGUGUAAACCUGCACAGACCUCUCUCAGGCAAAAAGUCUAUGUAUUGUUGAGGCUGCUUUCUCCUGCAAGACACAAAGAGGCUUAAACCAUAAGGUUUGUUAUCUCUGAUAACGUGAAGUUCAGGUUUGGUUAAUUCAGUGGUUUGGGUUUUUCCAUCUUUUUGCUUUACUCUUGUGUGUGGGCUUAGACUUCAAGCUAGUUGCCCUCAUCAAAGCCCAGCUGCAGCCAUUCUGAGCAUGACUUAGAUGUGACAAUAUCUACAGACAGAAAAAGGAUCACCUCCUUAUGUUCCUUUAAGAACCAAAAAAACCUCAGAACUUCCCCCUACCAAGACAGAUGUCCUUCAUAUCAUUGGCACAGAAUUGCUUCUCCUAGCAUGUCAGUCAGUAACUGGCAAGGGAAAUAAGACCACCACCAUACCAUGAUUGGCUUAGGCCAACUGGGAAAUAGCCCUGGGGCUGGGGCUGGGGUCAGCCUUUCCUGAAGCAUAUGCUGUGGCUAUGGGAAGAAAGUGAGUGUUCUGCUGAAAAGGAGGAAGGGGGUGUGUGAGUGAAGGAAUUGGAUGUUGCAUGGGGAACCACUAGGGUCUGCCGUAGUUCAGCAGGCAGGUUUAUGGAGGCUUUAUUUGUGCUUGGGGCCUUUGUACACAUUUUAUUUAGACCUUCAGACAUCCUUGUGACAUAGGGAAUCAUUCCAUUUUUUUCAGACAGUGAAGGGGAUCUCAGUGAGGUUAAGGACAGAAAGCUAAGUGGCAACAGAAUCUAUCUGGUUCCAAACCCUACUCUCCAUUCUCAGGCUGCCUCCGGCUGUGACUAUUUAAAUGUUUCAAUAAAAUUCUUUCUUAUACCCCCACCCCACCCCCAUAGCAGCAAAGGCUGCAUAUCCCAGCCUCUUUUCAGCUUAGCUCACUGUAAAAAGCUGGAUCAGAGAUACACUUUAUCAGCCCUUUCUCAUUUCCCCCAGGGAAGUUACAAGAGAAAAUGAAAAACACUUGGAGAAGGAAGAUAUCAUUAGUAUUAAAGAGCAGGAGGUUCAGGGGGAAUUAAACCUGAAUAAGAAACAUCAGGGUCUAUAGUUCCCUGAGAUGUGAGCUGGGAGGAGAUAAGAGAAUUAGAUGCAUAUCUUGCUAGGUUUUUGCUGUGUUCUGACAUGGAGUUGAACUGGGUAAAGUUAAAACUGUACAACUCUGUGUGUUGAGGAUAGGCAUUAGAGAAGGCCCUGGUGCAUGGAACUUAGAGUAGAGCUAUUAGAGUAUAUCAUUAGUCAAAAGUUAAUCUAAAAAAGUGCUUUUCCUCAUUUUUUUUAUUCUAUUACACUGGCUAGACUACCCUCAGUACUAUGUUGAAUAGAAGCAAAAAAUGGCCAUGGUCCUUGUCUUGUUCCUGACUUAAGAGGGCUGUUUCCAGUAUUGUAUUAAGAAAGAUUGUCAGUUCCCUGUCAUGGCCUUUAUCAAGUUAAAGACGUUGUUGCAUUUUGUAUCAGUCCUGGAGAGAAAGUCCAGGUAUUGGCUGUUAUAUUUGCCACACAUAAGAGUUCUUUCUCCCAGCAGGUGGAAAGUCCAAGGCCCUGGAGCUGUACAAGUGAACUUCAGCCGCUGCCUGAGUGUGAUUCCUUGAGUAGCCCUUGAAUCCUAGCUUUUCCCUGGCCUCUCCUUUGUAGCCUCAGUUUAAGUUUGUGUUUUGCUAAAAACAGCGGCCUGUGUUGAGAAAGAUACCUAGUCAAGGAAAAAGAUUUUUUACAUCUCAACUAGUUUGGUCUUAGCUCUGAAUACUUGCUGUAUGACAUUGAAUGAAUAACUUAGCCUCUUUAAACCUCAGUUUCAUCUACUGUAAAAUGGAGGAAAUAAAACCUGCUUCAUAGAGUUA